CCAACCACCGUCUCAGCUGUUUGUUUAGCUUCAUAAAAAUGGAUCCUCAGAACCCCCAAGGCGCUCAGCAGAAUCGCCAACGCCCUGUCUACGACCCCAGUCAGGGCGGUCACUAUAGCGCAUGUGCUGCUCUUGCAUCCCAGGGUUUCGCGCCCUCGGAGCUGUACACCGGACCUUGGGCCAAUGCUCAUCAGGGUCUCACCGGCCAGUACAAGGACAUCCUGACCACCUACUGGCAGCAUACCAUCUCGCACCUCGAGAAUGACACCCACGACUACAAGAUCCACCAGCUCCCGCUGGCGCGCAUCAAGAAGGUCAUGAAGGCUGACCCCGAGGUCAAGAUGAUCUCCGCUGAGGCUCCCAUCCUCUUUGCCAAGGGUUGCGACAUCUUCAUCACCGAGCUCACCAUGCGCGCCUGGAUCCACGCCGAGGAGAACAAGCGCCGCACUCUGCAGCGCUCCGAUAUCGCGUCCGCCCUAGCCAAGUCCGACAUGUUCGACUUCCUCAUCGACAUUGUGCCCCGCGAGGAGGCUUCCUCUCACGCGAAGCGGACUACCCAGACAGCUGCCGCUCCCCAGGCUGUUCCCGCCGCUCCCGGCCAAGGACAGAUGCCCGGCCAGCACGCCAACAUGCCCCAGGCUCCUAACCAGCCUCAUCCCAUGGGUGCUCCCGACUACAUGAGCGGACACGGUCUUACUGAGCAGGACUACCGCAACCAGCCUAACAUGUACCCGGGUCAGGCUGUCCCAGCUCCUCAGGCCGCCUACGGACAGACCCAGCCCCCAGGCAUGUACGGAGAGAUGGAGGGAAUGUAUCCAUACUCGGCCAUGCCUCCCCAGCAGGCUCCCAUGUCCUCGGAAGAGUUUGAGUAAACACUCAAACAUGUUAUGCGUCCCUAUCUCAAGCGCUUGAUCCUUAGAGGAAAGGAAAUGAGGCAAUGAUACUUGGGUGUACAAAUUUGAGCAAUCGCUCGGCCCGGCUCAGGGUUCACGAUGGAAAGGAUGUCUGGCGUAACGGAAUUUAUGCUUUAUAUGCAAACACAAUUAGCUUCCCAGGUAGACCUGGUGGACUGCACAUUACAGUAAGAAACACUCGCUCAUUGCAAUUGAACAACAAAGACUUUCAGCAGCCGACCCGGUAGUGGGAUGGCAGAGGCUGAAUUGUUUUGCAUUUAUACAUUCGUGGUA